GAAAGCGAGUGGACUGCACCAUUCCACUGUCAGCUAGCGUUCCUUGUACAGAGCAGAUUGCACCUCCUGGGGUUUCAUGUGAAAAAUGAAUUAAUUGACUGGUACCAAUUGUGACAGCAGAAACCUGGAUGGUGCUUGGUGUGUUUUCUGAAGUGGGUUACCUGGUCUGCCUUGAGGGCUACACUUUCCCCUUGAUCUUUGAAUGAAUGGUUGUUUCUCUCUGUGUGUGUGUGUGUGUCUGCUGCUGCUGCUGCCGCCGCCGAGUGCCCGGAUGGUUAUCAGCUGCAAACUGAGCCAAGGCUGAGCUGGGGACUGAACCCAGGAAAACUGCAGCCGUAGCCCCAGCUGGAGAAUGUCCCAGGCCGGCUGCCAGCAGAGUGAGAGACGCAGCAGUUUUCGUCCCCUCAUUCUCAGGAACGGAGCAGGGGUUAUGUGUGCAGCGUUAGGGGGAAACCUGCUCUAAAGCUGAUGGCAAGCCGCUGGAAGCUGCCUCUCCAAACGGCACCAUGGCCACUCACUCCAGCUUGUACAACGAGGACAGAAAUUUGCUUCGAAUUAAGGAAAGGGAAAGACGAAACCAAGAAAUUCAUCUCGACAAAGACCCUUUCCUUGAAAAUGCCCCUCUCUUUGGUGAGCCAUACAAGACCAAUAAAGGGGAUGAACUUUCCAGCCGCAUUCAGAACAUGCUGGGCAACUAUGAUGAGAUGAAAGAUCUGAUAAGUAACAGGAGUCAUCAGAACCUCAUUGGUAUACCCAAGAGGACAGUUCCAUUGGUUUCACAAGAAAAAGAUAAGUGCAUGCUUGGUGCAAAAAGAAAUAAUUGUUCACUACAGCCUUCCUUUCAAAGCAGCAAUCCACGAUCGAUGGGACCUCUCAGUGCAGCUUCAUCAACUGGUGUCAGCUCCUCUGAAAAAAACACUGCAGUCAUAGAACAGAACAGCCAAAGUCUCAGUCAGAACACUAAGAGCUACAGCUUAUUUCCAAACCAAAGCCAAAAUAAGGACACUUGUUAUAGCGGCCAGGAAACUUGCAGUAGCCAUCGAGCCAGGGGUGACCGCCCAGCGGAUGCGGACAGUCACAGCAAAGUCCAGUUAUCCCAUUUGCAACACUUGCAACCACUGUUACCAUUGUCCUCGCUAAUGCAGCCCUUGUCUCCAAUAACACCAUUAUCCCCCUUACAUUCCAGCGGGUAUACCAAUUCCAAACUGCAACAAAAUAAGACUAGUCACAGCAAAGACUGUCCUCCAACAAAAUCUCCAAGUGAACAAGAAGUACCUUCAGGUGAUCCUGAGAAUGCGUCUUCUGAUCCAAGUGUUCCUGUCCCCAGCCAACAUGCAUCUCAAAAUUUUCCACCGUCUUUACCAUCGAAACCAAACAUGAUACAGCAAAAACCUACAGCUUAUGUCAGACCGAUGGAUGGGCAAGACCAAGCACCUAGUAAAUCUCCAGAUCUAAAGCCACCUUCCGAGGAUUACACUGAGGAGCCAUAUGGAAAUAUAGCUGCGAUGAAAGCAAGUGCCAGAGCAAAGCUAUCCAAACUUAAAAUUCCUUCUCAGCCAGUCGAGGAAACAUUAUCAAAUGAAGCCAAUUGUGUUGAAGAAAUCUUAAAAGAAAUGACGCAAUCAUGGCCACCACCUCUGACUGCCAUACAAACGCCCAGUACAACAGAAUCAUCCAAAUUUCCGUUCCAAAACAAGGACACCCAGCAUGCCUCUUCUGGUUUUGUAGGACACAAGAAAUGUGAGAUCCUUUCACGAAGUUCUCAAGAGGAGAAUUCGACACUUGAAAAUGACCUCCAAAUCAGCAGCAGUGAUGACAGUGAUGGAGAUCAGGUCUUGGACAAGCCAGUGCCUAUUUCUGCCCCUAAAAGAGCUGCUUUGCAUUCUCAGAGUGAUGAAACAAUAUCAAGACAUUCCAAUGGUGGAUUAAAUAAUUUGACUGAAUCUGAGAAUUCUUCUGGCUCUGAUUCAGAAACUGAGAGUAGCUCCAGUGACAGUGAAGGAACAUCAAGGGCUCCAACUCCUGAGCCUGAUCCUUCACCAGCAAAUAAAUGGCAACUUAAUAAUUGGAUAAAUCCGGGCCAGCCUGCAAUGUCUUCUGACAGUCACAGUGAGUUAAUGAAUGGGCACAAUUUUCAAGACAGCCUGACAUCUGAAGCAAAGGAGGGCCAAGAUUGUACUGGUUCUAGCGGAGAGAAAACUGCACAAGAAAUACCUUGGAACAAAAGCGAGUGGCAGAACUCCGCGCCUCUACAUGAUGGCAGCACUCAGCGGCAUGCUGCUGGUGAAAACCGACCUAGCAAAUCCGUUAAAACUCUUGCACCUGAAGCAAACCAAGAAAUUAAAGCUGAAAAUGAACCUUGCACAUACGGUGAUAAAGACCAAACUUCCACAGGACAGGCCAAAGUAAAAAUAAAAGAUGGGCAGCGGUUGAAUGAGAAAAGGCAGUCCGACUCUUCAGCCAAGGUUUUGUCUGAAAAGAAAAAGCACAAGGGUCCCGGUGAGAAUCUUUCCAAAUCUAAGCAGGUAAUAAAUAGAGACUGUUUGCCCACAGAUCAAGGUUCCAGUAAAGGUGAGCCACCUUCACGUUGUAGUCUGCUUCCUGCAGCCCUUGAACCUCAGAAGCAGGAACGUAAUGAAAAUGGAGCUAAUAUCAGUAAACCAGCCAGGGAGGAAAGCAGGACUGACCACCCUAAGUGCAUUGCUGAGGUCAGGAACACACACAAGUCUAACGUUAACAAAUCUGUCACUAAAGCCAAAGAGGUAAACAGGACUACUUUGCUCCAUCCUGCACAUGAGGUUAGGGAGGAAGUGCAGACUAGCAUCGAGAAACCUGACUGCCAGCUUCGGGAGGAAACCUACGCCAAUAUUAAUAAACCCGCUGGUAAGAGCAAAGAAGCAAACAGCAGCAGUACCAGCAAAGCCAUUACAAAGGAAAACAGGACUAAACUGAGUAAGCCAGCCAACCAGGUAAAUGACAGCAUUCUCUCGGAUCAUGUUUUGCCUGUCAGGGAUGUCGAGGGUUUGCAGUCAUCAACAAAAGAGAAUAAAGUUCGCUGUUCACUCAUGGUAAAAAUCGAUUUAAGUUUGUUGUCAAGAAUCCCAUCAUUGCUCACUAAAGAUGGCCAUCAAUCCAGGAACUGUAUUAUGGAAUGUACUGGCCAGAAACUUCAGGAACAAGUGAAGAAGAGCAAAGAAAGUUCAUCCAACAAGAUCAAGAGAAAGCACACGGUUGACGUGGAAACGAGUGAGAGCAAAAAACUAAAGCUGAAUAAAGAGAACAAGUCCUCUUCAAGCCAUAAGGAAUCCAGUCAUAAGCGAGUUCCCCAGUCUUCCUCUGAGAAGGAAAACCCAUUUUUACUGCCACUUCCAUCUCCUGCACAGAAGCCAGCAAAGGUAGCUCACAAACGGCACAACAGUGGAAGUAAUACUUCCGGCCAGAUCUCCACCAUGAGUGCUACUGAUAGCAAGGAUUGUAGCAGCAAGAUUAACUCUUCGUCCAAAUCACUAUCCUCCAAGCACAAAAGAACAGAGGAGAAACAGUCUGGGCACUUAAAAAGCAAGGUGCCUUACCAGGGUACUGCCAGUAAAACCACUCCAGAACAAUCCCUCCUGAAUGGAAAUUCCAAACCCACAAGGCCUCUGCUCAAGUUUGAUGACAAGCAAUAUCCGGUAGAGCAUCACUUGCGAGAAGCCAAAAAAGUAAAGCACAAGGCCGAUGUCAUGUCCGACAAGAUUGGGAAAGCUUUCAAUUACUUGGACGCUGCACUAUCGUUUGUUGAAAGUGGUAUAGCGAUGGAAAGUGAGGCACAGCCACCAAAGUCUGCUUAUACCAUGUUUUCUGAAACAGUGGAUUUAAUCAAGUACAUUAUGAAACUCAAAAACUUCACCGACUCAUCAGCAACUACUGUGGAAAAAAUAUUUGUGGUGUUAUGUAUUCGCUGCCAGUCUUUGCUCUUUAUGGCAAUGUUCCGAUUUAAGAAGGAUACUGCUUUGAAAUAUUCAAGGACUUUAACUGAACAUUUCAAGAGUUCUUCAAAGACAGCUCAAGCUCCAUCUCCUUGUGUUGCCAGAGGUACCGGCACACCUUCUCCACUGUCUCAGACACCAUCCCCUGCCAGCUCCGGAGGUUCCCAGCCAGGAUCUGGUAAUGGUGCGAGUGUUGCCAUUCCACACGUGAUUCAUCAGCUGGCUUCCAAUUAUGUCAACAUUACUUCCAUUUUCCUCCAUGGCCAUGACCUUUGGGAACAAGCAGAUGCACUAGCGAAAAAGAACAGGGAAUUCUUCGCAGAGCUUGACGCAGCAGUUGGCCUUUUAUCCCUGACCAGCAGCAUGACUGAACUUGUACACUACACCAGACAAGGUUUACAUUGGUUGCGACUGGACACUAAAUUACUAUAACAAGAUGCUGAAAAUCGUUUUGACAUCAGCCAGUUUGUCCUUCAGCACCAAAGCCACGGCUGCCCAGUGUUGUUUUUUUAUUUUAAUGAGGAAUGAUAAAUGUAAAGAUGUCUUUGUGCAGCAAAAACUUUAAUAAUGUAGGUCAGCACUGAAUUUCCACAAAAAUGAACCGGCUGAACCUUCACUUCAUGAACAAAAGUGCAAUUUUUUUUUUUUCUCUUGACCCUUGUGGAAUUGGAGGAUUAAAACACGGUCUUCAACACUUUAUUUUUGUUGAAGCAACCUUGAAGGAUAAAGGGCUCGAAAGGACUCCUAUUGGCCUCUGUCCUGGUCAAGAAACAAAGUGGCUGCUGCCUUCUCUUAACUUUCUGGCAACAGUAUACAUAUUGUGCAUUAGCUAGCUGCUUUAUGUUUGGAUAAAGAUAUAGCAGACAAAGAAUGUUGUAUUCAAUCACAGGAACAUUGUUGCAGUGAUUUCCUGGAGAGCCCUUUAACACAAUACCUAGAGGACAAGGUACCUCCAGGAGGUUAAUAUGCAAGUGUUUAAAGUGUCCAACUUAACUUUAUUCGUAAAUUAGGAGCUGUGAAAAAUAACUUUAAUUUUCUUGGAUUUUUUUGCCCCAGUUACAUCUAUAUUUACUGCCUUUACUUCUGUAUUUAUUAGAAAUUUUGUUUCUUUUCCCAUUGGACCCAAGUAUUGCUGGCAAAGCAUGAUUAAUAGAACAAAGUAGUGUAAUUUUUUUUGGUGUAGGGGGUCUGGGGAGGAAGGCUGGGGAGAAGAGGUUGAUGGGCGUUGCCUGCCCUUUACGUAGCUCAGAUCAAAGCCAUGUGUAGCUUUUCUCGGAACAAUCUACUAAUGUUCGGUGUGCCUUAGACAUUCUACUUUGUACGUAAGUAGUUAUUUCUAGCCAUAGAUAAAUUGCUGCUUUAAGGGUCUGGAGUAAGGAAAAUAUGAAUGGUGUGUUGAAAAGUGGUCAAAUUCCUAUAAUGUGAGUACAAUUUAGUUCUGUAUAGUCAACCUUGUGAGAAAUGAGGGUUUGACAUAGAUCAUUAUUUCAUCAUUUUCUGUUCCCUGUACACCAGACUUGUCCUGAGUAAAGGUGAGCAAACUGCUUGGAUGUAUAAUUACCCUUUUGGGGCAAUUUUCUACCUAUUAUUUUAUUUUUAUAAAUAGGGAAAUGUGAUUUUCUUGCUGUGAGGGGCGGGUGGGGUAGAGAAAAUAUUUUCCGAAAAUGUUGCCACUUUCAGAUUUUAUUUAAAACCUACUUAGAGCAGAAUUUUUUUUCAGAAAAUGCUGAAAACCUGAUAGCAAUAUAUGGAUUUAAAGGACGUGGGGGAGGGGGGAGCCCAAUCCAUUUUUUGCUCACCUCUAGUCUUGAUAAUGCUGUGAAUAACCUUGGCCAGCUACCUGAAUGGGCCCUGUAGAGUCAAAUUCUAGCAUACUGCAGCUCGUGCUGCUCAAAGCUACUGGAAUUCAUUAUAAUUUUAUUUGAAAUUGUACUUGCACAUAUAUAUUUUUGCUGAUGAAAUUGCUGCAGAAAUGCUCAAGAGUCUAUGUAUUAUAUACACAGUAAAACCCAUAUGAAAUAGUAAAAACCAGCACUGGUGGAUCAUUGAAAUGAAUGGAGAAAGGAUACUCAUGAGUUGACAUGUUGAGUAUCGUGUCUAUAUGUUGACAGUUUCAAAACUGUUUUAGUUAUCACCGCCAUGAAGAAAUGUACAUAAUUCGUUAGAUGCCGAAGUAGAUUUUGCUUCUCCCUUUGUAUCCCUUCCACAAGUUUCCAAGAACACAGGAUACCACAGAUGAAGGGAAUAUGAAAAACCCACUUUCUUUUUUUUAGUCCUUUCAACUUCCAAAAUGAUUUUCUUUUAGCACUUAAAACUUGAAAAGAAAAGGCUGUUGUCAAUGCCCAGUAUAUAAUACCUACAGAAAGUGUCAAAUAGGUUUAAUGCCCUCAAAGGCACGAUCUGCUUAUUCAGCAAGUAGCAGAGGCUUUUAGCGAUGCUAUUGCUGUCUUCAAUACUACAAGUUAAGAAAGAACAGAUAGCUCCCCCCACCUGCUCAUCACUGUCAAUCAACUUGAUCUGAACUGCACAAAUAGAUGUUCGAUGAAGUUGGGAUAUGGUCCAUACAUAUACCCACCUAAACUGACUGACUGUCACAGCUGUACAGCUUUCAAAUACUCUCUGUGAGGAAUCUUAUGACAUACCAGAAGGGAACUGUUUUUUGUUUUUGGAGGGGUUAAAUUAUCCGCAUUCAAGUUCAUAAUGAGUGUGGUUUCCAGACUAAGUAUUCAAAAAUAACUAGUAAUUUCACAAUUAGACUUUGACCCUGACCUUCUGACUCCCUUUCUAACUUUAAAAUAUUCUUUCAUAGGAUGCACGUGUUGCAGGCUAUUCAUUCUAUGUUACCCUUAAGUGGUGUCAAGCUAAUGCUAUUGCUGCAGUCCAUAGGUACACCCACUAGGCUGUUACACAGGGAGUUCCAGGAUUUUAAGCUAGCUACACUGAAGGAAAGACAAAGUUAUUUUGGGCACUGUCAACAUACAAUAAAUGUUUUAAUGCUUGUAUUGGCUGUUUGCAGCUGAUUACAGUUGGUUCUCCACUCCUGAUUACUUUCCAGUGGUCCCUCUGCUGUAAAGUUUGGUGGGAGCAGUCAAACCUAGCUCCAAUGCUUUCUAUGAUUCAACAGCCCACCAACACUCUGUGUCUUUACUCCUAUGCUGAGAAUGGCUGCCUGAGUGAAAUCUCAAAAGUCUGCCAGGACCUUCCUGUGCUUUGAGGGAAAAUAGAACUUCAAAGAGUUAUAUACUUUUUGCUUUGUUUCUUUCAUUGCUUUACUCCAGUUUCAAACAGUUUAUUUCUGCUGAGUAACUGGGUGUUGCAAAUUGACAGCCAUGGUGACCAGUCCUUGAGUUCCACCUUCCUUUGGUGUCAUUUAACACUUGCUUAUAUAUCUAAUACUGGAAAUCCAUCAUGUCAAAUCAUAGGUAUAUAGUCCUUGCUCGGUUUGGCACAGUAGAUGUAUAUUUUCCUGUGCUGUGCCACUGAAUUCACAUUGUCUGAAAGGAGUAUGCAUUUUGAAGUGAAACCAGGUGCCCUGAAGCUAAAACAAAUGCCAUCCAGCCCUUCCUUAUUCUGUUUAUGCAAAAACCUGGUUGAUCCAUUUCUAGAUACAUCAGAAGCAAAUUGCAAAACAGAUUACAACCUUGAAGAUCUCUUGUUAGAGACAGUGUGUAGCUGUACUAAAAUGACAUGCACUACUCUCUCUUUGUGGUGUUUUGCAAGAGUUUAUUGCAUUUUUAAUUAUUUAAGUCAGGCUUUAAGACUUUUUGUCUUAGCUGGUGCAAUUUAACAUUGGUUUGCUUCCUUCUGCAACAUUGGAGUGUAAGUUAGCUUGAAGAAUAGCACAACAAUAGAAAAGGAGAGUAAUUACCAGUUCACAGGUGUUGUAUUCAACAAUUAUUUGGCCACAUGCUGGCAUAGUGAGCUAAAACUAUCACUGGUAAAAAUAUUCUGACAUGUUUUACAACUGAAAUAACAUCCAUUUCUCUAGUCCCCGUUGCUAUUUUGAGGGAGAUGAUUUGCUAAGCUGUGGUUUUGUGUGCACAGACACUCCUGGCACCUUGCAUAAGUUGCUGCUCUCCAUGUACUUGCUUUCACACUUGUGUUGACAGUAUAUUUAAUGAAUUUGAGAGCAUCAGAGCUAAGUCAGGUUUUGUUUUCCCCUGUACCCCUACAAGUACUUUUUUCACAAGUCCUUUACAUUCUGCUUGGGAGAAAUGCUGGUCAAGACAGGAAGAUUGUUGUUUCAGAAUCCUAGACCAGGGUGAAAGAAAAGAGGAACUGCUGCCCUCUUUCAUUUUUGCCCUAAUUAACUCCACAGAUCAAGUUUCAAGUUGGGGACCUCUAGUUUUCCAAUUUCAGUUCAACUUCGCAGAAAAGUCUAAUAUUCACUUUUAUUUGCUUUCCAUUUUUUUUUCCCCCCACCACCACCAAUGUUUUGUUCUGCUUAUUCCUGAUUCAUGAACAUCAUUGUAAGCUUUGGUUAUUCUUGCAAUGUACUUUGGAAAAUGGUAUUGACUUUGUAACAGAAUUGGUUCCACUUGAUAUUUUUUUGCUGCUUCCACUAUUCAGGUUAUUGGUUCUGAUGAAAUUGUACUGUUUUCAAGCUCUCUGAACUAUGCCCAACUUUUAUCUAGAUGUUUACAGAACUACAAGACUACUUAUUUUCUAGUUGCUUAGAAUUAAAUCUCUUGAGGAACUUCACAGAUUGAUCCUACCUUCUAUUCAAAAUAUAAGAAACAUAUGCUAAAUAAUCCAUAUUCAUGUGAUGGGUGAAGAGAUGCAGUCCCAAUUUCGGUAUAAUCCCUUCUAGUGGGGGCUGCUUAGCAGUUGACUGUCGUUUUUGUUAUCCCCUUCUUCACCCCACAGACUCUUCGCUGUUUUUACUUGACGUCCCAACCAACUCCAAUGAACCAGUUAAGCCCUCGUGUGAAAAACUGUGAACAUGGAAGACUUUCCAUUUUAAUGAAGUUUAACAAAAGGUUUGCCACAUCUGAUGUAUGUCUUGCAUCUGCCACUCAAGGGAGAGGUUGAGACUUGCAAGGGGACGCUGUCUCAACUUUAAAUAUCAUAGCUUGCCCCAUCAUCUGUUUUUGCAGAGGCAUCCGUCUAUUUAGGAUAAGUACUUAGUACUUGAAAUUUAAGUAUUAAUUAAGUGGUAAGGUCCAAUAUUACACUGCUACUUUUAAGGGAAGCAUUUCUAGGCUCAAAUUUUCUAUACCAAAUCACAAUAGAAGUUAUCAGGCUGUGUGUAUUGCUUAAGCUACGAAGUUUGGCCUUGUCUGAUGCAAACGCAGAAAAAAGGGGAAACUCAGCAGGUCUAGCAGUACCUGUGGGGAGAGAAAGACAGUUAAUAUUUUCAGUCUACCAUGCUUUUCCUUGAGAAUGCUGAAGUUCUAAAGAAGUUUUGUAUCAGGCUUGAAACAUUAACUUUUUCUGUCUCCACAGAUGCUGUGAGACCUGAGUUUCUCCAGCAUUUUUUGCUAGUUUCAAACUUCAAGGAUCUGCAGUAUCUGGCUUUUGUUUGUUCUCGUGCAUUGUUUAUGCAUACUUAAACUUCCAUUGUUUUCUCUGCCUUUGUAUUUGUAAGUGGUUUUCACUUUUGACAAAUUCUUGCUUCCUGCCUUUUAAAGUGGUUUAAAGGUUUUAAUUAACCACUGAGCAAUGAGCCAAAUUCUAGAAAGGUUCUAUCUUUGAGUUGAGCCGGCAUAAAAGUAGCCCUUGAAUUCCUAAAGAAAGAAUUGGCAGUGUCCCUGUACUUUCUCCAAGGAUCCCCACAAGAAGCCUGAAAGAGUAACUAUCAGGUAUGGAAAUGAGCUGAUUCUAGUGUGAUGCCUCAAAAUUCAGAAAGAAGUCAUCUCCUUGUUCCAAGGAGUGCUUGUGAAUAGUGGCACUUGGACAAGGUCCAGUGCGAUACUCCCUAACAGUAGUACAUUGAGGUAUAUCAUGUUUUAAAUUCCUUUAACCUCACCCUGUAAUGCAUUGAAGUAAAGGAUAUAGAUACCACCUAGUUUUGAUUUUUAAAAGCUCCUCUUCCAAACCCCAUCCCUUUCUUUCACGUGCACAGACUUCAAUUAAUCACCUUUCUCAUGUUACAUUAUAUUUUUUCCAAGCCAAAAUCUGUUAGACCUUUUUAAAAAAAAAUUAAAACGGCAAAUAUAGGCAAGUUUCUCUUAGUAGAAGGAACAGUGGGUCCAAACUGGUGCUGAUUUCAGUUUAUACUUGUUGCACAAAUGCUUUUGGGAAACUGAUAAGAUGAAAUGAAUCACAACGAUGAGGGAUUUUUGUGUAUUUUGUGUGUGAGCGCGUGUGUAUUUAUUGUGCCUUCAUUGACCAAACUUCUCAUACUUUUAUUUAUUAAAUAUAUUGAAUGCCAAGCAAUAUAUGUCAUUAUUAACACUGCAUCCUGCCCCAUUAUGUGUUCUUUAAACUUUACCCUAACGGAAGUGUCAAAUUUCCAUUAAAGCUGAUUACCCGGACAACUGCUAUUUGAUACUUUUGUUAAGUACAUACUGUUACCUUCAUACUGCUGCAGGGCACCUUCCAUACUCUUGCACUUUUUCUAUUUUACAAUGACAGUAUUUUCAGUAUCAAAGACAUUAUGGGACUUGCGUUCUGCUCGUGUAACUGAAAAGAGGAAUGUGUACAAUAUAGCAAUGUUUCUCCUACCGAGUUAAUAGUUGCUACACAAUAACUCAGCCACAUAUUUUAGAAUGGAUUGGGUUCCCAUUUAUACAUUUCUGAAAAUGUUUGAACUGUUGCAUCUUUGGGUUCUCAUCAUGUACGAAGUAAUCCUGCGCUUGGUCAAAAGCUCAAACAAUGUAGAUGCUUGUAUUUCAGUUUCUUCUUUCGGAAAAGAAUAGAAACUUUUCUUUUUCUGCUCACUGCCACAUUUUCUGAAAAGUAAUUAAAUAGCAUUGGCUAUUAAAUUCUUUAUUUUAUAAUACCUGAAAUGCAUUCUUUCCUAAAUUGAAGUUUGUUUGGUCAGCUUUUUAUUUAAUAUCCAUACUAAAUAAGAAAUAAAAAAAAUGGAAUUUGUUUAUUACCAGAUUAAUUAUGGCAUUUUUAAAUAUAGGUGAUGCAAACCUUUAUUUGUGAACUGUAAUUUCCUGAGCUUAACCAGUUUGACUGCAGCCAUCGUAGAUUCUGAAACACUUUAGGUCAUUAGCAGUUGAUUAGGAUUCUGAUCUAGAACUGGAAUUUGCCAACUAUAGGCGAUCAGUCUCUACAAAGCAAUGUACUAACACAAAACCCAAAGUAUUAUUGGAACACUGAUCUGUGCCUGCUUAUUGUGAUAAUGUAAGCUUAACAGGAUUUUCUUGUUUAAACAGAUGGUAUUUUGAGGAAAGCAAAAUAACUUUGUAAUAUUGAGUAAACUUCCAAAUGAACCAAAUUGUGCAUUUGAUCUUUGUAUUUUAGCAUAUUUCCAUGAAGAAUGUACACUCUUUUUGGGCUUCUGUUAAUAAAUAGCUCUCUAGUACAAUGGAACAAUUUACUGCAAAUUUGUAGUGAAGUUAAUUUAACCUCGACGCAGAUGAUUAUUUCCCAAUGAAGGUAUUUUGUUCAUUAUCUAUAUGCAUCAUCUAUCUUACAUGGAAAAACUGUUUAGCAACAGAUUAUUCUCUUUGACAGGGAAAACCGUGUCAGAGGUUUCCCUGCUUUAAAAAAAAAAGUUUUUAAAAUAAACAUAUUGUUGUGUGA